AUGUUCUCACUACCACUAGUUUUAUUAGUCUUAUUUAUUAAUGUUUUUGGAGUUAUUGGUGAUACUCCAAUUUUCGCUACAGCCACAUUACAUCCGGAUUCAAACAGUUCAGCAAAAGGUUUUGUCAUAUUUACACAAUUAAAUCCGAGUAGUUCAGUGGUUGUUCGUGGUAUAAUCAAUGGUCUUGUGCCAAACACACAGUAUCAUGGAUUUCAUGUUCACGAAAAAAAUCCUGGAAAUACAACAAAUUGUACAGCUGCUGGUGCACACUUUAAUCCGUAUAUGAAAUGGCAUGGUGGACCCGAUGAUACAAUUGAUCAACGACAUGUAGGUGAUUUAGGAAAUAUUCACUCAAAUGAAUUUGGAACAGCCUAUGUUCUCAUUAAUGAUUCAAUUAUUCAACUAGCUAACCAAACGCAAUCAAUUCUUAAUCGAACAAUUAUUGUUCACCGAGAUGUUGAUGAUUUGGGACGUGGUGGUCAAGUUGACAGUAAUACAACAGGAUUGUUUUAUAUUUAA